AUGUCUACGUCUACUCUUCCUACACGCCGUAUUGGCAACGAUGAUGUUACAGCUUUGGGAUUUGGAGCUAUGGGAAUCGGUGGACUGGACUAUGGGGCACCAGGCGACGAUGAAACUAGGUUCAAGGUACUAGACAAACUAGUCGAGUUGGGCUGUACGAACUGGGAUACGGCAGAUAUAUACGGUGAUUCGGAAGCUCUCAUUGGCAAAUGGUUUAAAAGGACUGGGAAGCGAGAUCAGAUCUUUUUGGCUUCUAAGUUUGCUAUCACCCCCGAAGGUCCUAACGGAACUCCUGAAUACAUGAAUCAACAACUGGCUCAGUCCUUGGAACGAUUAGGGGUUGACACAAUUGACUUGUAUUAUGUCCAUCGAAUUGAUUCGAAAACUCCGAUUGAAACGACUAUUAAUGCUCUGGUAGAGCAGGUAAAGGCCGGAAAAAUAAGGUACAUCGGACUUUCAGAGCCAUCGCCAACUACUCUGCGCCGUGCGCACAAAGUUCACCCCAUUUCAGCAAUCCAAGUGGAGUAUUCUCCGUUCGUGUUGGACAUUGAGCAAAAGGGCCAUCUCCUAGAGACGGCUCGCGAGCUUGGUGUCACAGUAGUUGCUUACUCGCCUCUCGGUCGUGGGUUGUUGGCGGGCCAGAUUACAUCUCACGCUGAUAUCCCGGAUUAUGACAUGAGAAAAGGGAUCCCAAAGUACUCCGAGGCCAACUUCCCGAAAAUCAUCUCUCUUAUCAACAAAAUCAAGGACAUAGGGAGCAAGCACAACGCUACAUCGGGCCAGAUAACGCUGGCUUUCAUGCUUGCGCAAGAAGACGAUAUCAUUCCAAUUCCAGGGACCAAAAAGAUCAAAUAUGCAGAAGAAAACAUAGGUGCACUGAGAGUUAAGUUGACUCCAGGAGAUAUCAAGGAUAUUCGCCAGGCAAUCCUUGAGACCGAGCUAACGGGAGAUCAGUACCCCAGUGCAUAUAUGCACUUUUUAUACGCCGAUACUCCAGAGCCAACGCACUAA